AUGUUUUACAUUGUGAUUACUAAUGUUUUGCUAUUGAUUGUCUUUGCUUCGACAGUUUUUACUUUGAAUUUCUAUUUGUUGUGGUCGAUAUUUUAUUCGAAAAGGAUAGCAUUCAAGCCUGACUUAAUACUGAUUUACUUCAGAUUUGCAGCGGACGUGGGGUAUAACUUAUCAGGUACUCAAACUUUUAAUUUUCGCUAAAUUAGCUACUCCUCAAGCUUGAAUCAGCCCCGAAUUGCGCAACCCAUGAACUGUGGGCCGCUGCCGAAACUACACCUAUCGCACUGAGUCACAAUCAAAAACACAUACUAUCUGGCGUGCCUAAUCUCGAGAUUAUUUGUUGUCAAAAACUUGGCACUCUACCUAUUAUGCCCAACAUUAUUAUGCUCAACAGUGCGUGCCACCCUUGCAUUUUUGAUUUCUUUCGAUAAAGUUUUGGCCUCAAUUUUCCCGAUCUUACAUCAUAAUCAUCGCCGCAAAAUCCGUAAUUCACAUAUUCUUCUCUUGGUUUUUUGUAGCGCAUUUUUCGAUCAGUACAUUUUAUUUGGGUACUGCGAAAAUGUUAUUGAUGUUCCACUGGAGUGUGACACCUUCUCAUGUAGUGUUAAUCAGUGUUAUCAGGAUUAUUGGGUAGUCCAUGAUCAGUUGUUUUAUUUUCUAAUUGGAGCGGCAUCUAUUUUAUUAUUUUUUCGACUUUGUAUAUGGAAUCAUUGUGCCACGACACAAUCCAAUCUGUUGCUCUCCAGAGCUACUCAAAUUGCACUGCUCGAUGCUUUCAUGACUUUAAUUUUCAAUAUUAUUCCAUUAUUCGUGUAUGCAAAUUUUCCUUCAAUCAAUUUGAAAACGGUCGGGCCAAUGACAUCUGUCUCGAAAACUGCUGGAUGCCUUAUUGAGUCGAUAAUAAUUUGUGCAGUCUUGUUUCGUGAAAAGAGGACUGUAACUGCUUCUCCAAAUAUUUAA